AUGGCGGAGCCCACGAAGGUGAAGGCUGUCACCGCCACCAUACGGCAGGAUAGGAGGAUCAACAGAGGAUCAACAGAGGAUCAACAGAGGAGGAUCAACAGAGGAGGGUCAACGGAAGAUCAACAGAGGAGGGUCAACAGAGGAUCAACAGAGGAGGGUCAACGGAAGAGGAUCAACAGAGGAGGAUCAACAGAGGGUCAACAGAGGAUCAACAGAGGAGGGUCAACAGAGGAUCAACAGAGGAGGGUCAACGGAAGAGGAUCAACAGAGGAGGAUCAACAGAGGGUCAACAGAGGAUCAACAGAGGAGGGUCAACGGAAGAGGACAGAGGAGGAUCAACAGAGAGGGUCAAGAGGAUCAACAGAGGAGGGUCAACAGAGGAUCAACAGAGGAGGGUCAACGGAAGAGGAUCAACAGAGGAGGAGGAUCAACAGAAGAGGGUCAACAGAGGAUCAACAGCAGGAGGAUCGACAGAGGAUCAACAGAGGAGGAUCAGCAAAAGAGGAGGUCAGCAGAAGGAUCAACAGAGGAGGAUCAACAGAGGGUCAACAGAGGAUCAACAGAGGAGGAUCGACAGAGGAUCAGCAGAGGAGGGAUCAACAGAGGAGGAUCAACCAGAGGAGGGUCAGCGGAAGAGGAUCAACAGAGGAGGAUCAACAGAGGAUCAACAAGGAGGGAUCGACAGAGGAUCAGCAAGGGAGGAUCAGAGGAUCAGCAGAGGAUCAACAGGAUGAUCAACAGAGGGAGGAUCAACAGGGAGGAUCGACAGAAGGGGGCAACAGGAGGAUCGACAGAGGAUCAACAGAGGAUCGACAGAGGAUCAGCAGAGGAGGAUCGACAGAGGAGGAUCAACAGGAGGAUCAACAGAGGAUCAACAGAGGAUCAACAGAGGAGGAUCGACAGGAGGAUCGACAGAGAAGUCAACAGGAGGAUCGACAGAGGAUCAACAGAGGAUCAACAGAGGAGGAUCGACAGAGGGAUCAAGCAGGGGAGGAUCGACAGAAGGAUCAGCAGAGGAGGAUCGACAGAGGAUCAACAGAGGAUCAACAGAGGAGGAUCAGCAGAGGAGGUCAACAGAAGGGAGGAUCGACAGAGGAUCAACAGGAGGAUCGACAGAUGAGGAUCAACAGAGGAGGAUCAACAGAGGAGGAUCAACAGAGGAGGAUCAACAGUGAAGGAUCAACAGAGGAGGAUCAACAGUGGAGGAUCAACAGAGGAGGAUCAACAGUGGAGGAUCAACAGAGGAGGAUCAACAGUGAAGGAUCAACAGAGGAGGGUCAACAGGGAAAGAGAAUUAACAGGAACACGAGAACAGUAACCUAUCUUGUCCACGAUACCUUCACCAGGCAAAGAGAUCGUCGAGAUGUCCUCAUCACCCGAGCCAUGUGUGGCUCAGACCACAGUAUGACACAGACCAUCGGCUCGUCAGAGCCAAGCUCUCACUUCACGUCGCCCCACAACGGCGAAGGCAAAAAGACUUCAAAAGAGGUUUUAACACCAAGCGUCAGGAGGAUCAAGCGGUAG